CGAUCGGUCACCGUGUGUAAAUUCUUUACUACGAAAAUACACACACAUUUUACGCGACACACUUGCAGCAUUGCACGCGAAGGAAUUUUGAGAUCGACGUAAUUUUGUAUGGAGCUCCUUAGAUAGGUGUGUGAAAAGUUGUCAGAAAAUGCUGUGAUAAAGCUCUGGAAUAACCUGAUAUUUUGCAGAAGUGAGAAGGAUACUGUGCCCCCAACUCGGCUGAAUUUUGCUGUUUCAGAUCCAUUAGAAAGUUGGAAAUAUGUCGACACACGGCGCCCAGACAAGAUCGAAUCGGAGAAAUGCCUCGCCUCGAGCUGGUCCGCAGCCGAUCAGGGCCACCUUACCUUUCACAUUGCGACAUGGACAAGGGAGUCCUACGCGGCCCAGUGGACGAAGAUCAAGUCCUGGCAUUCCUGGUCCGGCUUCAUCGCCGACACAGCCAUGGUCCUCAACAAAUGGGAAUGAACAACAUAAAACCAAACAUAGAACUUCACCCGAGAGGAGCCCAAGUUCCCCUGGUUUUAAAGUUGAAAAGCCCAAAGCAGUACGGGCCAGUCCAGCUCCGCAAAUCCGCAGGACCAGUUCCCUGGACACUAUAGCAGGACCCUACCUCACUGGCCACUGGCCACGCUCAGAACCAUUUACCUCAUACAACGGACUCUACGGUCCUAACCAAAAACAUCAGUGGACUCAGGUAAGUGUUUGAGUGGACCUCAAGGUAUUCCAAUGCUGUCAAAGGCCUCAGGCUGGCUGUAGAUAUCCUGUUGACAGGACUUGGUCCCCUUCACAUUGGUCCUGGAGAUUACCUCUUUUAUUUUUCCAAUCUUGAGUGACAAAAUAUAGAAAUGUGCCUGAAAGGAAAAGCAUCCUUGCCUUAAAAAUAUAAAAAAAUAUUCAGGCCUGGCUUAAUCACGUUGCAUAUUAUGUAUUUAUUAUCUCCAUGAUGUCACUAGUCGCUACAUGUACCUGUUAGCAAAAAACACCAAGAAAUCCUACUCAAAAUCUAUCACCUUUAUUUAUUUACAGAAGCAGGCCAAAUCUGAGCGGCCAAAAACUACAUGUACACUUUAUUUUGCCCAUCUGAGGUGUACUUUUUACAUAUACAUGUACCUGUAGGCCUAUAAUUUUGUGAUUUUAAUUGCCACAUACAAGGGGAAAGCUUGACCAGGGAAGCGUUUCAUGAAAGAACUUGUCGGACGUUUUAUCUGACAGGUCACAUUUUAUCCGACAGUUACCA